AUGCGUGACCAAACUCGACGACUGGCUCCAAACCCAUUCGUCAAAAUCUACCUUUUACCCGGCAGAAAGGUGUCCAAUAAACGACGAACGCGGUUUGUUCCAUGCUCGACAAAUCCCGAAUGGAAUCAGAUCGUUGAAUGGCAGGUGUCACCGAUGGCUCUCACGUCGCUGUUCUUGGAGUUUUCAGUCUGGGACUAUGACCGUCUCUCUGAAAACAACGCUCUCGGUCAGGUCAUCGUCAGUCUUGCCGACCACAAUCUCCUAUCGGGCCAGCCCUGUUGGCUAGCCUUGCAACCGUCGGAUGCUCGUCCAACUGUUCAACAACUCAACGCUCCACUCGAUACCCAACGUACGCAUGUCUAUCACUAUAAUCCAGGUACAUUUGCUGAAAUUCCUGCUUAA